AUGAAUUCAACGGAGCGCUACAUACUUAUCUGCACAAUGUUAUUCGUUAUCGCCCUUGUAAGAGGAGUUCCUGUGGGCAUUUUUCCAUAUAACUCGACUAGUGAAAAUAACGCAGACUUUUGCACGGAAAAAGCAGCCAGCGGCUUCUUCGCCGAUCCAUCUGAUACGGAUUGCACCAGUUACAUCAAUUGUUACAAUGUAAACGGCGAGUGGAAGACGAAACUACUGAAAUGCCCAAAUGGACAAUACUUUGAUUCUUCAUUGAGCUUCUGUAGCAGCCUUUACAAUUGCUCACUUUGAAAGAAGACUGUAACAGUGACGUAAUUAGACUGUGAAUAAUAUCUAAGUCCACAUUUUACUCUAUAGA